UUUUAAAAAGCUAGUAAUAAGGGGGAAAUACUUGACACGCCAAAUACUGUUGUUCUUUUUUUUCAAAAUGUAUAUAUUCCUCUCUCUUUUCCAUACUAAAUCUCCAUCCUUGCGGGUGACUUGAAUCUCCCCUUCCUCUCCCUCUUUCUCCCGUUUGGAGUUCCCGAGGCUUCGAAAGUCCCCUCCAGGCUGUUUUCUUGAUGUUAAGUAGCCAAGCCUUGGCUUGAUGUGAUUUUUCCGGGCUGUAUGGCCGUGUUCCAGAAGUAUCCUCUCCUGAAGUUUCGCCCACAUCUAUGGCAGGCAUCCUCAGAGGUGGUGAGGUCUCCGAGCCUUGUUUCCCUUGAGAUUUCGCCUUUGCUUUGAAACAAAUAGGGAGGCGGAGGAGGUUGACAAUCCAACACCAAGAGAAACCAAGCAUGUUGGCUGUAGAAGCCUGGCUUCCCUUGAGAUUUCGUGUUUACUUUUAAACAAACAUAAAAAAGUGGAAUUGUUCAUUUAAGUUGAAAAUUCUACACCUUUUUUGCGUGUGUAGGAGGAAGGAGGGGACAAAAAAGGAGACUUCAUUGCUUGUAGCUUUUAAAAGGAAACAGAAUUGUUGUUAUUAUCCUGCAAGGGGGUCGCGGUGAAGUGCACUCCGAAGGGCUUCCCGCCGUGCCCACUGGCUGUGUUGGGCUGCUCCCUCCCACGGCUUGAGCGCUCCUCGCCUGGGCCCCGUUGCUCUCGCGCGCCCCCUGCAGGCCGGUCGGCUCUUUUCCCCAGAGAAGGCCCAUACAUGUUCCUGCCACCCGGCGCGGUGGUCUUAUGGUCCCGCUGCUCCGGACUGCCGCCGCCCAGACCCAUGUUGCGCCCCCAGGGCCUCCUCAAGUGCCGCUGCCGCAUGCUGUUCAAUGACCUGAAGGUCUUCUUCCUGCGGAGACCCCCCGCGCCCCCGCCCCUCCCGCCCAUGAACAGUGCCGACCCGGUCUCCCCGGGCUGCUGCCAGGCGUCCAACAACAACACGCUGCUGCAUGGAGGGCGCCGGGGGCCCUGGAGGGCGCCGGGGGGCGCAGGGGGCCCGGGAGGGGGAGGGGGAGGCGGCGCGGGGGGCAGCAGCCCCCCCGAAGAGGAGUGGGGGGCUCCCGCCGGAGAGGGCGAGCCCCCCGCCUCCAUGAUGAGCAGCGCCUCCUCCGAGGACUUCUGCAAAGGCAAGCCGGGCGAGGACCGCUACUCCCUGGGCAGCAGUUUGGACAGCGGGAUGCGCACCCCGCUCUGCAGGAUCUGCUUCCAAGGGCCAGAGCAGGGUGAGUUACUGAGUCCAUGUCGGUGCGAUGGGUCUGUGAAAUGCACACACCAACCUUGCCUGAUCAAAUGGAUCAGCGAGAGGGGAUGCUGGAGCUGUGAGCUAUGUUAUUACAAGUAUCACGUCAUUGCCAUAAGCACAAAGAACCCCCUCCAGGUAAAGUGGCAGGCCAUUUCUCUGACUGUCAUUGAGAAGGUGCAGAUAGCAGCAGCUAUUUUGGGUUCCCUUUUCCUUAUUGCGAGUAUCUCGUGGCUCAUCUGGUCAACUUUCAGUCCUUCUGCUAAAUGGCAACGCCAAGACCUGCUCUUCCAGAUCUGCUAUGGAAUGUACGGCUUCAUGGACAUUGUCUGUAUAGGACUAAUAAUCCAUGAAGGACCCUCAGUGUACCGGAUUUUUAAACGGUGGCAAGCAGUCAAUCAACAGUGGAAAGUGCUGAACUAUGACAAAACAAAGGACCUGGAGGAUCAAAAAACAGGGACCAGGACCAACCAACGAACCUCCUCCCAAACCAACCCUUCCUCCUCCACAAGCGGUGCAGCUAGCAACUCUGCCCCAGCCGACGGCGUCGUCCGGGGGGCUGAUCAAACUGCAGGCACCUUGUCUGACCACCACUGUGCUUAUACCAUCUUGCAUAUACUCAGCCACCUGAGGCCUCACGAACAGAGAAACCACUCUAGCACAAACAGAGAGCUCGUCAUGAGAGUCACCACGGUCUGAAGAAAGAAUUCAGGAGGCCUUAUUGCGACACAGAGUGGGAGAGGAACUGGCAAAGUGGAGGGGGGCAGCGUGGUAUGCCUUACACCCCCUGCCCUCUAACCCAACCCCACCUGUCCCUGCUCCUCUGCAGCAGCUGCACAAGAGGCCCCUGGCCAGCCAAGGAUGGCAGAGGCAAAGCUGCACACACUUGCUGAAAAGAGGUUUAAAACGUUUGUGUAGUUACCAGAAAGUAUGAGAAAACAAGUGCAAUACAGACUACAAGAGCUUAAACUAGGGAAAAAAGGCUUGCAAGGGGGAGGGGGGACACGGAAGGACGGUUGUUCUUAUUUGAAGCAUUUGACAGACACAUACAUACACACCUACUGAAAAGCAAGAAAGAACCAAUGUAUUUCCCAAACUGUAUUAACCAGGGGUACGAGUAUUUGAAUGCAUAAAUUAUCCCGUGGCCCUAUGUUAUUUUGUGCAGCCAUGGGAUGUUUGAGCUGACAGGCAGUCAGUUUAUUGCUAAUGUUAUUUUAUACAAGUAAUGACUUUUCCCAGAUUUUUUUACACAUACAGCACAUAAAAAAUGCCCUCCUCAGACAUGACUAUUUUAGAGGUUUUUGGGGUUGUACUAUGGGGAGGAGGAGGGAGCCGCGUUUGGUUUGAGCCGCAACAUUUCUACCAAUGUCCAAAGCACAAUUCACGCUGGAGGAUGAUUUAUGCCAUUGAUCACUGGAAGGUACAGCCUCUUGAUUUUCCCUCAGUAAACACUAUUUCCUCUGUAGGUUUUUGGAAAUGGGAUUGCCUCCUAUUGAAUUUCCUGCUGGGCCUUUCCUUUUCAUUCUGGAUGAGUAAUUUGUCACAGACUUAUGCCAGUUUAUUGGUUUUAGCAUUUGUUUGUGUGUUUAGCCGCUCCACAGUUCACAAGCAGCUGAAUUUUGCUAUAGCUGGCAUGAGUAAAGUCAAGUGCCUGAGACGUUUUUGAACUGUCCCUCCCAGCAUUCUUCACUGUUGGCCAUGUUGGUCAGAGAGCUAGUUGGUCCUGCUUCUUAGCGGGGGGUUGGACUGGAUGGCCCAUGAGGUCUCUUCCAACUCUACUAUUCUAUGAUUCUAUGAGGGGUGCAAUGCAACACUUUUGCCCACUCCCUUGUCUCCCACAUUGAGUUGUCUAGAUGAGAACAUUGGAAGACAGCCUCAAGUGUCAUUCACACAGUGAAUUUCAAUUGUAAUCCACAGAGGAGCAAUUUAUGGCCUUCCAGGUGUUGACUGCAAACCUCAUCAUGUUUUGCCAUGUGAAGUAUUGCUAGCUUGGGCUGGUGAGCAUUGCAGUCCAGCAACCUCUGGACAGCCAGAAAUGUCUCAAUUCCUGCUCUAAUCUAUGCAUACCUUCCAGGUAGUAACGCACACUGGAUAUACUGGGGCUUAUUUCUGAGUAAACAUGCAUAGGAGUGCACAGUAAAUCUGGCUUACCUAUUGUUCCUUGCCUUGCAAGGGAUUCUAGACUGGUGUUUUGAACCAAAAGUUGCUAAACAUGACCUCUCACCCUAUCACUGCCAAACGUUUUUGGAAGAAGCCAUCAUCACGAUACUGAUAUAAAUGGCAUCUGCUUUUAGCAUGUGCCCCUUUUUGGAUAAAUGCAUCUGCUGGUACUUUCCCUAGCCAAACUGCUUUAAAUUCUACUGGACUGGUAACAUAUGACAUCUUAUGAACAUGCCAUAUACACAUAAUAUAUGAUCUGUUCAACAGAUCAGCAUAUAUUGAGGGAAAUUAUGGAGAUUUUGGUGAGUCUUAGACUGGGACUCACUACAUCCUAGACCUAGACCAGUUGUGUCAAAAGCUAUUUGAACCAUAUUGUGAUGAAUAAUGACCCCCCUGGACAUCAAAGCAUAUUGAAUAAUCCAUUUUGAAAAUGUGGAACUGACAUGUGCCUUUACUGGCGAGUCUCUUGUGUCUCUGGCUUGUAGCGGUUUCAUAAAUGGGGGAGUGGGAGAUGAUGCCCUUAAACUUGACCAUUUCUACACUGAGUUCUUUCAUUGAGGAUACUGUAGCAGCAUCCAAACCAAGCCUUAAACUGUCAGCUUAAUCACAGAAACAUACCGGGAGCUUGAAAGAGCAUUUUGGUCAACUUCAGGCAUCUUGUAGCAUUUUAUAGAUGAAAGCAUGGACAUGCCUGGCAACCAACUUCAGAAUGGGUUCAAGUGGCAAAAGUUGCCAACGAAGAAGGACACAGGCUAGAAAGGCUGCAGCAGUUUGCUUUUGCCUGAUCCUACAGGAAAGGGCAAAUAUCUACCCUCUCUUCUCUCUAGUUAAUUGGGUGUAAACUGCUUUUUCCACUUAGACCUCCGGUUGCAGAAAUUGAGGCAAGUUGCAGACAAAGAAGGUGUGAGACUGAGAGAAGAAUUGGGACAUUUUAAAAGCAGCUGAGGAAACUAAACAACAGAGGAUUAAAUGAAAUUCUGCCAAGUGGGGACAGUUGAAGGAUAUUUUCUGUUUAAUAUAGGAAAUCAAGAGCUGGUCAGCUAUUUCCAGCAGAUGGCUGUUCAGCCUAAAAUGUAGCCAGAACUGCUGAAGUAUAUGUGUAGCAUGCUUUUGGAUCAUGCAAGGCCCGUUGUUUUUUGCAAUUAUCAACAUAAUCAACACCUCAUUUGGCAAGAGACGGAUGCUGGGCAGUAUUUUUUAAAUCUCUUCAAGGGCACAUCCACUCUACCAUCGUUGAAACUAUUUGCUUCUUGAAGUGGAAAAUCAAAAUGUAUUUGCUUGUUGACUGUGUGCCUUUUCCACUUGACAUUCACUUCUCACCCUGUUCAUUAUUCUGUGACAAAUGCCUGCAAAUUGCGUCUCCUGCUAGAGUUGCCACUUGUCCCAGAAAAAAAGCCACCUGUUACAGACAUUUAUAACUUUUAUAUGUUUAACUGGUGAAUUUGUUAACAAUAUGGGUAAUAGUUUCCCCCAUUGCUUAGCUACUAAGGAUGGUCCCUUCACAGUUAUAGCACUCUGAUUCUAACUAUCACGGCUUCAUUCUGUGAAAUCCCGGGAUUUGUAGUUGGUCAGAAGUAUCAAAAGAGCUCUCGGAUUGAGAAGUGCCCUCCUCAAACUGCACAUCUCAGGAUUCCAGCUACAGUGGAAUCAUUGUAUUAUAACUGCAUAAUAUAAAUGGGUUUUAGGUCUUAACAAGUAAGACAACCUGCCAAUUCAGUUCUAUCCAUAUAGUCUCUCACUUGAACUGCUAGUUCUAAGUCUGUGCACAUAGCUGUAUUAGAGACCUAAAUCCAACAACUAGUGCCAACUAGUGAAGACUGAUCGAAUCAAUGGAAACUUGUUAAGGCAACAUUUAUCUAAAUCCUAUUGAUUCCAUGGUUACACUCAGAUUUAAGCUUCUGUAUCCUCCACCAUCCCACCAUCUUACUUUAUGUGGUGCACAAAAUCCAGACUCAUUUCAGAGCUUAUAGCAUUUUGAAUGGUUGUUACUUGCAUUUUGUUUUGUGUUUUUUUGUUAUUUUCAGAACAUGAUCAAUGGUGUGUGAUAUGGUGUCUCGGGUUAUGUUAAGAACUAGUUAAAUUUAUACAGUCUUACAAUUUCAAAUGGCCCUUUGAAGGCAACCAUAAUGGUAAUGUGGCUCUAGGUCACUGGUACACAAUCUGUGGGUGUUUGGGCAUACAACUCCCAGAAAUCCCAGCCAGUUUACCAGCUGUUAGGAUUUCUGGGAGUUGAAGGCCAAAACAUCUGGGGACACACAGGUUGAGAAUCACUGCUCUAGGUGAAAAUGAAUUUGACACUUUUGAUCUAGGGGAUUCCCAUAUUAUGGAGCUACUUCGGAUUCAACCUCCCCCCCCCCCCCAUUUUUCUGUGGGUGGAUUAUUAUAUGGAAAGUAAUGAGGUCCUGUCCCUUUGCUUGCUGGUUACCCUGAAACAAGGGCAGGGUUGUCCUGUGAAUGAUGAAUGGCUUAAAUGCUGCCAUAUUCAGAAGAGCAAGCAGAGUCAUUCUAUAGUAAACAAGACCAUUGUGUUCAUCCAAACUGGCUGUCUAAGACUAGCCCACAUAAAGCCAACCCAUCUGCUCAUAUGCAAAAUUGGUCCCAUACUCAGAUUUCCAUCCUGGUUCCAGAUCUGUUGAGCUUGCAGCCUGUGAGCGGCCAUAAUGACUGAAUUAUGGCCCAGAACAAACAAAGCAACUUCCAAACCUCAGGUUGUAUGAUUAGGGCUCAAUUAUUAAUAGGAUUUUACUCCCCUGCAGUUAGUCCCCUUUUCAUUCCUUCUCUAAAGAAUAAUAUCAGUUUGGGUGCCAUUGCAUAUCUUUUCCUUCUUGUACUUUUUGGGGUCUAGCUAUAGGUAUGUCUCUAUUGUUUCAUGGAUGAAAACCAGGACAUGUCUGGCAAAGCAAGAUCAAAUUGUAGUUAAGAUGUCAAAGGUUAUCAAUAUAGAAGAAUGCACAAAACAGGAGAGGCUGCAGCAGUUUAUUUUUGCCUGAUCUUAUUGGUAAGAGCAAUAGUCUGUCUCCUCCGCUGUCUGCUCUACUGAGUUAACUGGAUUUCCUUUGAAUUUUGAACUUAGUUUUCUGUGAAUGAAGUAAACUGGAAAAUUGGGAGGAGGAGAGAGAAACUAGGACAUUUUUAAAGAACUUGGAAAAAAAUUGAAAUUGCACAGGAUUAAUCAGGACUUUCCCUGCCAAAAGGAUAUAUGAGAACAGCAGUUACUUGUGAUUGAAGCCAAACUGGUUACAGUCAUAUAGCAUCCAGUCUGGGACCUCAUUUUAACAGCAAAAGAGACAUGGAAUAAAAAACUUUCCCCUCUCCCUGCUGACAACAUCUCUCCCAGCUUAGGUAUAAGGCUAAUGCAGUAGUUCUCAGUUUGUGGGUCCCCAGAUAUUUAGGCCUUCAACUCCCAGAAAUCCUUACAGCUGGUAAAAUGGCUGGGAUUUCUGGGAGUUGUAGGCCAAAACACCUGGGGACACACAGGUUGAGAACCACUGAGCUAAUGGGAGGUGAGGUGUAGGGCAGCAGGUGGAGCUUUCUUACUUCUUGAGGUUGUUGUAUGUUUUCCGGGCUGUAUGGACAUGUUCCAGAAAUAUUCUCUCCUGAUGUUUCACCCACAUCUAUGGGCCAUAGAUGUGGGCGAAACAUCAGGAGAGAAUACUUCUGGAACAUGGCCAUACAGCCCGGAAAACAUACAACAACCCUGUGAUUCCGGUCACAAAAGCUUUCAACAACACAUUUCUUACUUCUUGUUUGUGAAAAAACUUGGAAAAAGGUUAUUUUGGGAACUACAGCUCCUUGAAUUCCACAAGAGCAUGGGCAUAUUGGUAGGAGAUCCUUGAGACUGUAGUGCAAGAUCAUAACGUUCUGUUUUGGUGUCAACAUCCCACCCUUUCUUGCUCCCAUUGAUUUUUUUCCAUUAAUAGGGUAAAGCUGUAACCGGGAUUAUUACAGGAGCAGGAGGCUUUAAUCGUAUCACUCAACAAUCUUGUGUAAUGCAUGUGUGCAUGCAUAUGUUCACUCAACGCUCAUCCUUAUUGCUACAUGCACCCUUGAGGGAUUGUUGGAUUCAACCAUGCAGCUCACUCACUGCACCAUCUAAAUUGGCUUCCAAUGGAGGGAGGGUGGGAUAACAUAGACUUGCGCAGCCAGGUCUAUUUUUAUUUAAGAGUUGGCAAGGCCAACUCCACUUUUAUUAAAGGAGGUGCACAUUUUAACAAUUUUAUAGCAGCUGGUCUAAGGAAUUUGGAGGUAGACCACAUUUUUGAUUUCUUAUAUGUGACAGAGUUCCUUUGAAAAUUGAAGCACAGUCAGAGAGGGAGAGAGUGGGAUUUGUAGACCAGAUCAUGGUGCCAUGCAAAAUCAACUUUGUUGUGUCUUGGCAGCUAUGAAACGGCAUAUUUCAGAGACAGCCAAUUGUCAUAUUCCAGCAAUUUUUGGGUGCAGCCAUCAUUUAUUUAUCUGCUGCAUUGCAUGGCAGCCAAUUGAACACCGUUUUACAGAAAACGUGAGAGUGACACGUAAUUGCCAGAGGGGCACUGAAGUGACUUCUACAAAUCCCAUAAUGCUCUUUUAAGGGACAAGCAAAUGCUUUCUGUGUGUAAUCACACAAAACUUUAUGUUUACUAUAGCUCAUUUUUGAAGAUAAAGCCCAUAUAGAAGGGGGCUAGAUGUGGGAAUACUAGUUGUGCGUUGUUUCCCCAGGUGCCCUCACUGAGAGAGAGAGAAAAACUGGGAUGAUUGAAAGGAAAUCUUUUGGACAAGAGGCCAUGCAGCCUAUUGUGGUGCCCGCAUGUUGAGCCACAAUUGUUUACAACAACAAGGUUUCCGUAUCCAGCCAAUGCAUGUAAGAGUUUUAAAGGAGAAUAUAACUCACCACUCCAGACUUUUCAUGGGAAGAAUAUCAAACAGUGCCUCACAUUUCUAUUAAAUCUUGAAAGCAACAUUUUAAUAUAGUUCAAACUGAAAGCUAAAGGCUAGAGAGAGAGAAGAGGGAGAAUAGGAGUUAAGGGUGGACUCUUGAGUUUAUUUGCCUUCAUUUGGACACUGUAUUUUGUAACUUGGAGGAUGUUUCCUCUUCUGGCAGCGCAGGAGGUGGGAAUAACUGACACUUUUAACUACCUCAUAGGGCAUUGUGAAGCACAUCUUUCCUUGGCAAUGACCAGGACUCAGUCAGUACCCUCUCGCCACUCAAAAGCAGAAUUUGGAUUCCUCAACAAAGUGGAUACCAUUGGAUGGGUAAAAGGAGGGCCUUCACAUUGAUUCUUGUCAAAAGUUCUUCCCUAGCGAAUACCACAGUGUCUUUCUUGCCUAUGAGGAUUGUUAUACAAUCACACGUGCAUGUUUUCUUUCCAGGAAAAUUGUCCCUCUCCAAAUACAACUGUCAUCACAUGAGCAGCUCUCUUGUAUUAAGCUUGAGGGGGGGGGGACCUUUGUCCUGCUAAGAUAGUGAGUGGUGAGGGCCUGGUCUCAUGGGUUCUAAAGAAAUGGCUGAGUCUUUAAGGGAUGGGUCAGAAAGAAAAAGCCAAAUGUCCUUAAAAUGUGCUCACAUAAUAUUUUAAGCAGGCUACUCAGUUGGGUCCUCAUUUGUGAUCUUUGAAAUGCUAUACAUUCUUUGGAUCUUUCCCAUAUCUUAGGUCUUCUGUUUGAUAUGAUGGUUCUCUCUGACUCCAAGUAUAUCAGGAUGCCAUUUUCAGAAUCGUCCACGUGAUGUUUUCAAGUUCAUAAAUUCUGUAGGUUGAGAAAGUUCGCAGGUUUUGUUUCUAUAUCUCCAUGAUAUCAUUGCUGUGACGCUAUCUUUAAUAAUCACACUAGAGCUGAAAGAGUAGGAAAAGUGUAUGUAUUUCAACUGAAAUCCUGUGGCUGCCUCCUGCAGAAUUAUGGGGCUUGUAGCUUAGUGAAAUUGUGGCUGAGCAUUUUAAAACCCCAGAACUUUGCAGGAGGCAUCCACAUGAUUUUGGAUGGGAUGCAUACUCUUUGCCUACUCUUUCAGCUCCAGUGUGAUACCAGCCAAUGUGUCUUUCUUGUUUUGAUUCAGAGAUGUGUUUCUUUCCUUUUUUCUAUAUACAGAUUUUUGCUAAACAACAACAAAUAUGUCCUCUUUCCUCCUUUACUGUAGCAUGAAAACUACCAAGUGCAUAGUAAGAAUCAAGCAACAGACACUGUCAGCUCUCACAAAAGUCACUGUUUGAAUAGGGUGGAUUCCCUGCUUGCUUUGGUGGCUUUUCUGUGCCACUUUUAAUCUGAUUCUGUAAAAUAAAAGGAGUGUUCCUUAUUUUUAAAUUUUCCUACCUUUUUGUUGGCAGGUAAACUUUCUUAAUUCCGUGGCCUUUGGCCAGGAACACAAUUAAGUGAAAGGAGACAGAUGUAUUUCUUUUUAUGGAGCAUUUCACUGUUAAACCUGGUGACAUUUAUGAAAUGACAGGGACACAAGAGAGUUUUUACCCAAAUGGCUAAAGUGCACUGUAGGCCUAAAUAGCCUUCAGGCACCAGAUCCCACUUGAUCUUGGAAGCUAAGCUGGAUAGCCCUGGAUAGUGCUUGGAUAGGAAACCAGCAACAAAUAACAGGUUCUUUUGGCUCUUUUUCAGAGGGAGGAAUUGCCGAAAUCACCUCUGAAUUUGUUUUUGCCAAAGAAAACCUAUGAAAUUCAUGAGAGUCACCAUAAAUCAGCAGGCUACUUAAAGGUAUAGCCAGAUGUACACCAAGUACACUAUAACCAGAAUCCUGCUGAUUAAUAUUCCCCUCGGGAAACAUUUGUCAGUUUUCUUCUGACACAGAAUGUCUGUUCAUUUUUGCAGAAUCAGAGUUGUACCUCUGUGUAUGUACCUCUGACACAUCUGGAGUCAGUUAGGUAUUUGGUGACACAUGUUGACAUGUUUCCUCUUAAUCAACUUUGUCAUUCAACACAAGAGUUGUGUAACACAUGCAUAACUCCACAUGUGGAAAGUUAUACUCUGUAACCCCAGUGUAGGAUUUCAGUUGCCAUUCAGAUGAGCUCGAGUUCUUAUUCUCUCCCUGCCCCCCAUAAUAAAGCAGUAGGUGGAAGAACCAAUCUGUUUUGGGACUAUAGCACACAAAUAGGAGAGGUAUGAAGCUUUCCCACCAAACUCUUGUCUUCCCCAUGCACUUUGAGAAAAGUCUUUGUGGAUUCCCUGUAUGGAAUCUUGUUUCUAACAUGACUAUUUACCGUGAAUAUCAUUUCUGGAGAUGAUCUUCACAUGAAUGAUCUAGAUUAGUAAUGAAGCCAUCUCUAGAAAUGAAGAUCUUGAUCAGGCAUGGGCAAACUUCGGCCCUCCAGGUGUUUUGGACAUCAACUCUCACAAUUCCUAACAGCCUACCGGCUGUUAGGAAUUUGUAGGAGUUGAAGUCCAAAACACCUGGAGGGCCAAAGUUUGCCCAUACUUUAUCUACAUAAAUCUUCUUAUGUAUUCAAGCCAUCUUUUCUGCCUGCACGGUAUGGGCAUUUGGAUUUCACUGUAAGCACAAGAAUAUUAGAAGCACAACAUCUGAAAUCACAAAAGCUUUGGUUUUCUUGCUGAUUGUCGGUUGGCCUCUAAGGCUUAGAACAAAGAGAGUAUUUCUUCCUAUAUCCUAACAUCCUAUGUAAAUGGUUUUACAAGGAUAUUUUUUAAACAGUAAAGCACAAUGUUUUAAAAACAACUCAAAGCAGCGAAAGAAGGCAAAUAACUGAGCAUGUUACUAACAAGCACAAGCAAUCCAGCAGCAAAAAUGGUCGACAAAAAACAGAAGGUCUUUUUCUUCUCUUCUGGGAAAAUGUCAGUGAACUGAAAAGUGAAAAAAACAACAAUUAUGAUUAGCAUUUUGGAUGCUCAGAUAGCCAUUGAUUUAUCAGAAUGCCAGCGGUCAAUUAGAAAAAAAGUAUGUGUGUGUGUCCCAGCAAUUGUACUUCUGAUACUUUGCUAUGAGCAGUGCGCUUGGGAAGGGAGGCAUCAGUCUUGCCUUCUUAACCUGAUGACCAGAAACAUUUGCCAGCGUAGCCAAAUAGUUGCCUGAAUGCUCCACUGUGCCAGAUAGGUUUUCAGCCUGUAAUUAAGUAUAUGAGAUAAGAAUGGCCACCAAAGCAAUUCUGAAAAUCAGUUGCUUGUUAAGGAAUAACAAAGAGAUUGUUAUUUGUGUCCUCCUUGUGAGUUUCUUGUAGGUAACUGGUUGCCCAGUGUGGGGAGAGGAUGUUGAGUUAGAUAGGCCUUUGGUCUGACCCGCAUGGCUCUUCAUAUGUUCACUAAUGAUACAGUGUAUUUUCCUAAUUCAAGGAGCAACAUACCUAUGAAGAAUGGAGAAAGGGCAAAGAAAGAUGUGUGAAGGUGCUCCUUUUGCUAGUAAUAUGACUGCACCUCUGAGCUUUUGAGGCAUUGUUGACAAAGAAUGGCUUAGCUGUCAUGUCUGUCAGAAAUCAAGACAGGAGUUUCAACACCUUCCCCUUUCUAUUCAUUGCCUUCUUUGGCCCAUUUCUGUUAAGACUCACCACUCCAGACUUCUCAUGGGAAGAAUAUCAUUUAUGGCUACGCAUGUGUGUUGCAUUAUGCCACAAUUCCCCUGCAAAGCAGUAUUGCACAAACAUAAUGUAAUUCCAGGAAUAUAAACUUGCCCCCUUUCUCCUCCAUGUAAGAUCUUUGGCCAUUGAUUAUAAUAUUUAGCCUGCAUUCUAGCCUGAAAAGCUUCAUUCCGAUUAUGCAACUUGUAAUGUCCUGAUUCAAAUCAAGCCAUUUUUGUGUUGCUUAGUCUUUUUCUUGAAAGAGGCAGAAGCUAACAGUACCAGAUUCAUGACAGUAUUCAUAGAUAUGUUUUUCUUUUCCUUUUUGGAAAGCAAUUGAGUUGUAUAAGUCUUUGUCCUUGGUGUGUACAAGCCUGUUCAGACACUGACUGUGUCCAUCUGAUUGCAAGGAUUUUAUUAAGGCUCGUACAAGUCAAUCUUGGAUGUCUUGCCCUCCUAUUACUGAUUGUCUUGACAGCCUUGCCAAAGGUCAUGCUAGGACUCUGAACAUAGCUUUACACGGAUGACCAGUUUGCAAAAUUCUCACUCUCUGCGUUCAAGGGUAACUAUCAGACCAACAUGGUGCAUUCUGGAAUUUCUAGUGGAAAAAGAGGGGAGGAUUGGGACAGAAAAAGCUGCAGUGCUAACCUCAAAAACAACCAGCCUAAGAGAAAAGAGGUUUUAUUUCAAGGCUUAAUUUACCAUUUGAAUGUGUCACUUUCCAGUCAUGAUCCCGAAUCAAGAAGGAAAUAAGAAGUGCUCCUGAUGGGCAAACAAAUUCUUCUUUCAUGUUUGAAGGGUCUUCUUUAAAAUAAUAGCAAGGGAGCGGGGUGGUGAAGGGAGAGGCUCAAAGACUAUAGAUUUUAUUUUCCUCUUUCUGUGACUGUUAACCUGUAACAUAAGACUGUGAAAUUUAUUUCCUUCUUCCUCAUUUAUUUCCACCCUGGUCAAUAAAAUCCCCUUUGGCUGUUGUCUGGGAGUCACACCAGACUGCAUACAAUUGACUUUGACCUCCAUUUUGCGGGCUUUGGUACAAGCAUAUGAGGUGUGUGGAAGUUGACAAUGUUCAGUGGUCUGAAACAAUAUGAAACACUGUAAUGUGAGGCAAAAAAUGAUGGCGAACAAAAGGCUGGUGCACUCAGGAUGUUAACUCUGCAUACUUUGAUGAAAUAAAAAGCUGCCUCUUGUCUGGAUUACUGAU